CCUGUAUUUUUCCGCUGGAUUUCCUUCGACGAAUCGCGAAGCAAGUGAACUGACUCGUGCCAUGCGGUGGAGUUGGUGUAGAGCUAGCUAGCUGCAGUUCUCUGCGUUUCUGCGCUCACACGAUAACACUGUUGAUUGGUCUAGCUAUUAUAGCCUCGAUCACAUAUUUACUUAUUUCCUCCAGAAUAUACGUUUCUGAAACUACAAUUACAUACUUUUUGUAAGUACCAAUGAAUAGACUGUUUGAUAUUUUAAAACAUUCAUGCUAUUUUUGUUUAAUUUAAAAAGUUUACCUCUGCUGAGUAUUUGUUGCUCUUUAAAUAACAGUCUUUACUGUGACUGAGGCAAAAUCCAUGUGUGUGCGAAACCAAAAUGGCGGAACACAGUGGACAAUACGAUGCAGCUAACACUGGAAAACGGAGCCAAAAUCAGCUCCAAAUGGCCCCCAAGAGUCUGGGAAACCGCCACAGGCAUGUCCAAAAAUCCAUCAAGAAUCAGGAUUCCGGCGAGGGGGUGGAAUUGGCGGAAUCACCUGAGAAUGAGCAGCUGAGAUUCCCAACGACUUCCAAAGCGGUGGAAGGCCUCUUGACUUUCCUGAUUCUGUUCCUAGCCUGCCUCGCUGCGUUCAGCUCCAGACUCUUCGCCGUCAUUCGCUUCGAGAGCAUUAUCCAUGAGUUUGAUCCUUGGUUCAAUUAUCGCUCCACUCAUCACCUUGUGUCUCAUGGAUUCUACAACUUCCUCAACUGGUUCGAUGAAAGGGCUUGGUAUCCACUGGGCAGGAUUGUUGGAGGCACUGUUUACCCGGGGCUGAUGGUUACAUCCGGUGCCAUCCACUGGUUGGCACAUCUGCUUCACAUACCAGUGCACAUAAGAGACGUGUGCGUGUUUCUAGCUCCUCUCUUCAGUGGGUUAACUGCACUGGCUGCCUAUGGGCUCACCAAGGAGCUGUGGAAUCCAGGAGCCGGUCUUCUAGCAGCUUGCUUCAUUGCUAUUGUGCCAGGUUACAUCUCGCGCUCGGUAGCCGGUUCCUAUGACAACGAGGGUAUCGCUAUAUUUGCUCUUCUCUUCACUUAUUAUUUGUGGUUGAAAGCAGUCAAGAGUGGUGCUGUCUCAUGGUCGGCUGCGACCGCAUUAGUUUACUUCUAUAUGGUCUCAGCAUGGGGCGGCUAUGUCUUCAUCAUCAACCUCAUACCCCUCCACGUAUGUGUGUUACUAAUGAUGGGCCGGUUUUCCUACCGCAUCUAUGUAGCUUUUUCUGUGUUCUACAUCCUAGGUACUGUGUUUUCAAUGCAGGUGCCUUUUGUUGGCUUUCAGCCAGUUCGAACUAGUGAGCACAUGGCCGCAGCAGGUACGUUCGCUCUGCUCCAGGCCUACGCAUUCCUGAAAUACAUCCAGGACUUUCUCUCCAAGAAAGAGUUCCGUGCACUGUUUUUCUUUGGCGUCAUGGGAACGGCUGGCGUCGUAUUCCUGGCGGUUGUCCUACUCACGUAUGCAGGUGUUAUUGCUCCCUGGAGUGGGCGUUUCUAUUCGCUGUAUGAUACUGGGUACGCCAAGAUCCACAUCCCCAUCAUAGCGUCCGUCUCAGAGCACCAGCCCACCACUUGGGUGUCCUUCUUCUUUGACCUUCACAUCUUGGUUUGUACUUUCCCAGCGGGCCUGUGGUUUGUCAUCAAGGACAUCAACGACGAGAGGGUUUUCAUUGUCCUGUAUGCGCUCAGCGCUGUCUACUUUGCCGGUGUCAUGGUGCGUCUGAUGCUGACCCUGACACCCGUGGUCUGCAUCCUGGCCUCCAUUGCCAUCUCCAAGACACUGACGGAGUACCUGAACAACGAGAACACGGACAAGAAGAAGGACGACGAGGAAGGGGGGGAGGAGACUGAAGAGGAUGAGGAGGAGGUGGACCGGAAGAACCGCAAGCUGUAUGACAAGGCGGGGAAAGUCCGUAAGCCCAAACUUGACCAGGACAAGGACAACGAGGGCCUGGGGACCAACCUGAAGGGCUUUGUUGUCAUGGCGAUUUUGAUGAUGCUGAUGAUGUUUGCUGUCCACUGCACUUGGGUGACCAGCAACGCCUACUCCAGCCCCAGUAUAGUGCUGGCAACCUACAACAAUGACGGAACCCGCAAUAUCUUAGACGACUUUCGGGAAGCGUACUACUGGCUGAGAAAGAACACAGGCGAGCGGGACCGGGUGAUGUCGUGGUGGGACUACGGGUACCAGAUAGCUGGCAUGGCGAACAGGACAACCCUGGUGGACAACAACACCUGGAACAACAGUCACAUAGCACUGGUGGGCAAGGCUAUGUCGUCCAAUGAGACGGAAGCUUACAAGAUCAUGAGGGCUCUGGAUGUGGACUAUGUCCUGGUCAUAUUCGGCGGUGUGAUUGGCUACUCCGGGGAUGACAUCAACAAGUUCCUGUGGAUGGUUCGCAUCGCUGAAGGAGAGCACCCCAAGGACAUUAGAGAAUCGGAUUACUUUACAGUAAAUGGGGAGUUUCGCGUGGACAGUUCUGGUUCUCCAACGCUUCUCAACUGUCUGAUGUAUAAGAUGUGUUACUACCGCUUUGGAGAAAUGCAGCUGGACUUCCGGAGCCCGGCGGGCUACGACCGCACCCGCAAUGCCGAGAUCGGCAACAAGGACAUCUCAUUCAAGCACCUGGAGGAGGCCUACACCACCGAGCACUGGCUGGUCCGCAUCUACCGGGUCAAGCCGUUGGAGAACAGGGAGCCGUCCACAACCAAGGCCACCAAGAAGUCCAAGAGAAAGUUCUACUCCAAGAAGACAAGUAAAAGAAAGCGAGGCUCCAUCAAGAACAAGCCCGUCGUGAAGAAAGGCAAACGCAAGACAGCUGCCCGCAAGACCUCACCCAAGACGACCAGCAAGAAACAGCGUACCAAGUAGGCUCUGAGACGAGCACCAGACUUCUCAAUGCAUAUAUACUUUUUAAUUUGAAGAAAACAAUGACAAGAAUCAUUUGACCACUGACGCAUGCAGAGUUUUGGAACUCUGUAAAAAUGUUGCUGGAGUUCCUUCAGCUGUUGGCGACAUGAGAGCAUCAGUGUGUCGGAUGUCGGUUGUCAAAGUUUUCAUGUAGCCGUAGAUGAGACGUUCGUUUUCCCUGAUCUUGAAACACCAGUGAUUUGCCUGUUCUGCUUUGGGCAGAUGCUGUUGAAGAAAUGUCCCUGAUUUGUUUUACCGUUUGCUUCAGAGAACAGUUAUUUGAGAAAUCUCGUAAAGCACUGUUUCUACCCCGUAUCUUAGAAUUGAGGGAAUGUACAUCAACAUCACCAAUGAAUUAUUUGGGUUAGUUUUGUACAGCGGUUGUAUGACUUUUCUCAGUGAGAAUUAAUUCAGUGUGAUGGGAAAAUCUCUUAAUACCGUAGCAGCAUGUUAGAAUGUGAUGUUAAUGACAACCAUAGAUAACAAGAUGUUUUGAUCAUUUUAUGAAGAUCCUCUCUCAUGCAAUUAAAACAAAAAAAGCAGCUCUAUACCCCGUCUUACCAAGGUGGUUUUAUGUCGCUUCCUGAAUGAAAGUGAGUUUAAAUGACGCCACCCAGUACUGUAAGUAUGUUCCUCCAAACGUUGUGCAUACAUUGCUUGAAGAAUUAUGUUUUGGCAAAGAGCUAGUCAAAUAUCCCAACUGCAAGCGUUUGCUUAAGGGCUUACUUUGCUUCAGUUCAUUACAAGUGUGUUGUGACUCAGAUUGUUGGUCAUAGUUGAUGUUCUUACGAACAGCUCGCGCUCAGCUUUGCCAUACCAGGACCAGUUAGGGAGAAUUCUGGCCGCCUCAGCCGAUGGUUUUCACAAGCAGUUUGCUACUAUGUUGUUUUUCAACUCUCAAAAACCUGUGAGGGGAUUUGUCAUUUGAAAUAAGUGUAUAGAAAGUAGGAAUUAGGAAGGUCUCGGUCUUGACAAAAUGCAUCAAUAUGGCAUCAUUUCUGUGAAAUGUUUCACCCAAACAGUACAAUUAUUGGCAGGAUAAUCGAAGUCCAAGCAAGUGAAGCCUAAUUUUAUUCUGGUUUUCUGGGUGUGAUUUCUAGCAAGAGAGGACUUGACUUAAAUGCCAGCCGACAGAAAUCACAUUCCUUGAGUCCUAAUUGUAAAAAUCAGAUCAGUGGGCUUCACUGUGCGAGGAUGGCUGUUAAUUUCUCUUGAAUGUAAUUAUUAGAAUAUUGGGUGUAUGAUAAUUUCUCAGUUUAUACAACUUUGAAAAAGUUAAUGGUGAGAUUCUGUCUGUCCUGUCUGUAUGUUUCAUGCGUUUCUGAUUAUGUAGUGGGCACCAGUGAAAGAGAUAUCUCAUUGCGAGUUUAAUGUCUGUGGGUGAAGGGCAUCAAGUGCAUUGUUCUACUUUAUGCAUAAUCAGUAUGGUUCGGCAGUGAACUGUAGUCAUGCAUAUUCAUGAGAGGGAGGUCAGUUUUGCUGGACGUUUGCUCUCAGCCUCUUUGCAUAGGAACUGUAGGUAGAGCUUCAUGGCUCACUCUUCAGGGCGAAGACAGUGUGACCAUGCGGGAAAGGACUGCCAGAGUUGUGGCUCCGUCUGCUGUCAGCUCGUCCCUGCACACUGGCAAAGACUCAGUCCUAGCUCUAGACACCUAGAUUAAGACCUGGCCUGUCUGCUGUUAACAGCAUUGAGCAGGGUCAAUCAGUCAUUGGCACAUGCUGGCUGACAAUGGUAACACUACUUCAGUCGACUGUGCAGGUCAAAUCUACCAAGACCAGUCUCACAUAUAUCACAAUAUGCAGAGGGAACCUGAGUCAUAGAUUGCUAGAGUGAGGUUCGACUGUGGUUGAACUAGUAAUGUUCUCUACUUCUUCACAUUUUCUCCAUAGUUAUGCCACCAGACUACCGAAUGGGCACAUCUUUGUAAAAAGUUGGACCAUUACCAGACUAGUCUCAGGCUUCAUAUAGGUCUUGCUUGUUUCACUUUUCGGGUGAAAACUGUAGAAGGAAAGUCACCUUUUAAAAUUGAACUGAGAGGAGGCCUUAUCUUAGCCUCAAGAAAAUGUAUUUUGCGAGUAAGGGCGGCAUGAUUUUUUUCAGUUUGUUUCCCUACAGUCGGGGUCUUUGCCAUGUACUCCAAUAUUGCAGCGAGAGAAGUUUGUUGGGGGGGUUGAGGGAUUGUGUAGUAGCAAAAAAUGCUUUGCGUCUGGCUUCAGACAUUCGUUAGUAAACACAGGUUCUUUUAAAUACCUACCAAAAUGCACCUUCCCCGUCCUUACUUAAAUCAUGUGACAGAAUAGAUCUCUAUCAUAAGGCGGCCAUUUUGCUUGUCCACUAUUCAAAGCAAUGUAACCAAACUGGGGCUGGAAGGAAAAAUAGUCUGUUCCCUUUAAUCAACAUGUGAAGUUGUAUCACUAUUGCUGAUGGGUCUUCAGGGAACUAGACAAACAUGGCAGCAGCAUGAUAAGGGUUAUAGUAGCAAGCAUUGGAGGCUUAACAUUGCGACGUCAUGACAAAUUACAGUGCUGCAUAGUUCAGGUCGCCAACAAGACCAGAUAUGGAAAUAUUCACCCCACGUUCCACUGUGUGUCCACUGUAAAUAUUGAAUGUUACGAAGAUAAUUUCCUGAACAGAACACUCUGUGAAACGUAAAAAACCUCAUGGAAAUUUGUGAGCGGAUUUAUUCAUUAUGUGUAGGUACUUACUUGGAGAACAGUCUGUAAAUAAUUUUCCAAACACAAGAGAUGAUUUGCCAUAUGCAGGUAUUGAUGACUUGAUGUCAGAUGGACGUUCAGACCACAGAAUACAAUCAUAUGCAUAAUUUCAGUCACAUGAUUUUUGACGGUCAGUGCUCAGUAAGCCUUUUGCGAGUUAAAUUUGAAUAGAAUCUUGAACAC